AUGAGCGGGCACGACUCCAAGUACUUCUCCACAACUAAAAAGGGUGAAAUCCCUGAGCUCAAAGAAGAACUCAAUUCUCAGUACAAGGAUAAGAGAAAAGAUGCGGUUAAAAAGGUUAUUGCUGCAAUGACAGUGGGGAAGGACGUGUCCUCUCUGUUUACAGACGUUGUGAACUGCAUGCAAACAGAAAAUUUGGAGCUCAAGAAGCUUGUCUAUUUAUAUCUCAUCAAUUAUGCUAAGAGCCAGCCUGAUCUUGCUAUACUUGCAGUAAAUACAUUUGUGAAGGAUUCACAGGACCCAAAUCCUCUUAUUCGCGCUUUGGCUGUGAGGACUAUGGGGUGCAUUCGUGUUGAUAAAAUUACAGAAUAUUUAUGUGAUCCCCUGCAGCGGUGUCUCAAGGAUGAUGAUCCAUAUGUUCGCAAGACAGCAGCUAUUUGUGUUGCUAAACUUUAUGACAUAAAUGCAGAGCUAGUUGAGGAUAGAGGUUUUCUGGAAGCUCUGAGAGAUUUGAUUUCUGACAACAAUCCAAUGGUGGUUGCAAAUGCUGUUGCAGCACUUGCAGAGAUUCAAGAGAAUAGUACCAGACCCAUCUUCGAGAUAACCAGUCAAACACUUUCAAAGCUUCUUACUGCUCUAAAUGAAUGCACAGAGUGGGGUCAAGUGUUUAUAUUGGAUGCUCUUUCCAAGUAUAAAGCAGCAGACGCUCGUGAAGCUGAAAACAUAGUAGAGAGAGUCACUCCUCGGUUACAGCAUGCAAACUGUGCAGUUGUUCUUUCAGCGGUCAAGAUGAUCCUUUUACAAAUGGAAUUAAUCACUAGCACUGAUGUAGUUCGAAAUCUUUGCAAGAAAAUGGCUCCUCCUCUUGUGACAUUGCUUUCUGCAGAACCUGAGAUUCAAUAUGUUGCAUUGAGAAACAUAAACCUUAUUGUACAGAAACGACCAACUAUCCUCGCCCAUGAAAUCAAGGUCUUUUUCUGCAAGUACAACGAUCCAAUUUAUGUGAAGAUGGAAAAGUUAGAAAUCAUGAUAAAGCUUGCAUCAGACCGAAACAUAGACCAGGUCCUGUUGGAGUUCAAAGAGUAUGCUACAGAAGUCGAUAUAGAUUUUGUUAGGAAAGCUGUCCGUGCCAUUGGACGCUGUGCCAUCAAGUUAGAGAGGGCAGCUGAACGGUGUAUUAGUGUUUUGCUUGAAUUGAUCAAGAUCAAAGUAAACUACGUUGUUCAGGAAGCUAUAAUAGUAAUAAAAGAUAUAUUUAGGAGAUAUCCCAACACGUAUGAAUCCAUCAUUGCGACACUUUGUGAGAGCUUAGACACCUUAGAUGAGCCAGAGGCAAAGGCAUCAAUGAUCUGGAUAAUUGGUGAGUAUGCUGAAAGAAUUGACAAUGCUGAUGAACUGCUGGAAAGCUUUUUGGAGACUUUUCCUGAGGAGCCUCCGCAAGUCCAAUUGCAGUUGCUGACGGCUACAGUCAAACUUUUCCUUAAGAAGCCAACUGAAGGCCCACAGCAGAUGAUUCAGGUAGUUUUGAAUAACGCCACCGUGGAGACUGACAACCCUGAUUUGCGAGACCGUGCAUACAUAUAUUGGCGUCUUCUCUCGACUGAUCCUGAGUCGGCCAAGGAUGUUGUCUUAGCUGAAAAGCCGGUGAUCAGUGACGAUUCAAAUCAACUUGAUCCUUCUCUACUAGACGAGCUACUUGCCAACAUUGCUACAUUAUCCUCUGUCUAUCACAAGCCCCCAGAUGCAUUUGUAACCCGUGUGAAGACCAUCCAGAGAAUUGAGGAAGAAGAUUUUCCAGAGGGAAGUGAACGAGGAUAUUCCGAAUCGCCUUCCCACGCAGCUGGUGCAUCGCCACCAACUACCACAAGUAGUGCUCAGUAUGCUGCUGCAAGACAGCCAACUGCUGCACCAGCUGUGCCUUCGGCUCCUGCACCCGUGCCAGAUUUACUGGACCUUAUGGGAAUGGAUAAUAACAACAAUGCUAUUGUAUCUGCGGAUCAGCCUGCAACCCAUGCUGGACCUCCUUUGCCUGUUCUAUUACCGGCAUCUACUGGUCAAGGUCUACAAAUCAGUGCACAACUUGUACGAAGAGAUGGGCAGAUAUUUUACAGUAUGUUAUUUGAAAACAAUUCCCUGAUUCCCCUUGAUGGGUUUAUGAUUCAGUUCAACAAGAAUACAUUUGGCCUUGCUGCAGCUGGACCGCUCCAGGUUCCUCCACUGCAACCUCAAACAUCUGCGAGCACUCUUCUGCCUAUGGUUUUGUUCCAAAAUAUAUCUCCAGGUCCUCCAAACGCACUUCUGCAGGUGGCUGUGAAAAAUAAUCAGCAACCUGUAUGGUACUUCAAUGACAACAUUUCGUUGCUGGUCUUCUUUACUGAGGAAGGAAGAAUGGAGCGUUCUUCUUUUCUUGAGACAUGGAAGUCUUUACCUGAUUCAAACGAGGUUUCAAUAGACUUGCCCGGGAUCGUGAUAAACAGCAUAGAUGCAACCUUAGAAAGGCUGGCUUCUUCCAACAUGUUCUUUAUUGCCAAGCGCAAGCACGCGAAUCAGGAGGUAUUGUAUCUUUCAGCUCAAGUUCCUCAAGGAAUCCCUUUCUUAAUUGAACUUACGGCAGUUAUUGGAAUCCCUGGUCUCAAGUGUGCAAUCAAGACUCCAAGCCCAGAAAUGGCCCCUCUAUUCUUUGAAUCCCUCGAAAGACUCCUCCAGAUUUAA